GGGUAGGUCAGCCUGUGGAGGUCACCCCUCCCCCGCCUUUGCUCCAUGUGCCGGGAGUUGGGCGAUAUUGGCCGGGGAGAUGCUGGCGGCGCUGGGGAGAGGGACUGGGCCAGCCCGGGGCCUGCUCAGGCGAGAGCUGCGAACGUUCUGUGCCCGGCGGGCUCUGAGGGCCAGUGCCUGCAGUCGGUCUGAUGCCCUGGCAACACCGCCCCUCGACAAUGCUCCCAAGGAUUACUCGCCAAAGAUAAAGCAGCUGGUGCAGGAAAUAGCAAGCCUAACGCUCCUUGAAAUCUCCGACUUAAAUGAACUGCUUAAGAAAACGCUGAAAAUUCAGGAUAUUGGGAUGAUGCCAAUGGCCGGAGCGAUGGCAGCUGCUCAGCCGGUUUCCCAGGCAGAAGACGAGGCGGCCCCAGUAAAGAAGGAGAAAACACAUUUCACAGUGAAACUGACGGAAUUCAAGGUGGCAGAGAAAGUGAAACUCAUUAAGGAAGUGAAGAACUGUAUUUCUGGCCUCAACCUCGUGCAGGCGAAGAAGCUGGUGGAAUCCCUUCCUCAAGAGGUGAGAGCCAACGUCGCGAAGGAAGAGGCAGAAAAACUGAAAGCUGCCCUUGAGGCAGCGGGAGGAACAGUUCAAUUGGAAUAAUUCCCUUAUUCCUGCCAAUCCAUGGCCUAGAGGAUACCAUGGAGACCAAUAUUUGGGCCUUCCUCAGUCCAGUUUACCGUUUGGUAUCUUGGAGCUGCUAUACUGUGUCAUGGGACUUAUAAAGUAUCAAUGAGGGGUGUAGUUUGACCAAGAUAUUGUUUAUAUGCGUGUCUACAUAUUAUGAUUUUAUACCACUGCUAAAGUGCUAGAGGAUGCAGUUAACUGUCAGAUAGGAAUAACGGAGAUACUGUAAAUGUCCACCCUGUACAGCGACCUUCACUGGAAAUCAACUGAAUCUCGUGUGCAUCAAUUGUCAUUUUCAUCCAACAUUAAAUGAGAAAAAAAAUAACGUU